AUGAAGUUCUCAGCACUGCUGCCAGCGCUGGCCUCGUGCCUGUCGCUGGUGUCUGCCGCAUCCACCACAACUUCAAAGGUCAACCUGCCCGCCACCUUCAAGCCUCCACAGGUCUUCAAGAAUGCCAAUCUCGUCCACAUUCUCCAGCUGGAGAAGAACUACGCCAAGGAGUUGAUCAACGUCAAGGUCGAGAACACGGCCAAGGAGCCCCAGGACGAGUACUUCCUGCCGUUCACACCAGACCAGAUGUCAAGGGUCGGAGGAUUCGAGGUGAAGGAUAAGAAGAACACCGAAGCUGGCCCUUUCACGGUUGAGGCUGUGGACUUUGACCCGGAAAGCACCGUCCAGUACUACCGCAUCAAGUUCCCCGAGCCCCUGAAGGCCGGCGGCGAGCAGACCCUCUCCAUAUCAUACUACUACACCUCCGCAUACCGGCCCCUCCCGGCCUCCAUCGCCCAAGACGAGAAGCAAUUCCUGCUGUACAAGUCGUCCGCCUAUGCGCCUUCCGCCUACACAACGUCCAAGCAAAAGACAGAGAUUAAGCUUCCCUCGUCCAACGUGCCCGACUACACCAAGCUCCCAGGCAGCGGCGGCGGCGCGUCCGAGUUCCCCGAGAAGCAGGGCUCGAAGCUGACCUACGGGCCCUUCGAGAACAUCCCCGCCGGCGCCGAGCUCCCCAUCGAGGUCCGCUUCGAGUUCUCCAAGCCCGUCACCCACGUCUCGGACCUGGAGCGCGACGUCGAGGUCAGCCACUGGGGCGGCAACGUCGCCUUCGAGGAGCGCUACACCCUCUUCCACCGCGGCGCCAACCUGUCCUCGCUCUUCAACCGCGUCAAGUGGCAGCAGGCGCAGCACUUCAACCCAAACACCUGGGCCCUGAGCGAGCUCGCCUUCCCGCUCGCCGCGGGCAGCCUCGACCCUUACUACUACGACGUCAUCGGCAACGUGUCCACCUCCAGGUUCCGCAGCAACAAGCGCGAGUCCCUGCUCACCACCAAGCCCCGCUACCCCAUCUUUGGCGGCUGGAAGUACCCCUUCACCAUCGGCUGGAACGCGGAUGCCAAGAACUACCUGCGCAAGACCGCCGAGGGUGGCUUCGUGCUCAACGUGCCCUUCCUCGAGGGCCCCAAGCAGGCCGAGGGCGUCGAGUACGAGAACGUGGUCGUCCGCGUCAUCCUGCCCGAGGGGGCUGAGAACGUCAAGUACUACACCACCGUCCCACCCUCCUCCAUCAACAGCGCCGACGUCGAGAUCCACAAGACCUUCCUGGACACCAUCGGGCGCACGGCACUGAUCAUCAAGGCUCGCAACCUGGUGGACGACUUCCGCGGCCGCGAGCUGAUUGUCUCCUACGACCUCCCCUUCCUGGUCAGCAUCCGCAAGCCCCUGGUGGUCUUUGGCAGCAUGGUGGCCACAUUCGUCGCGGCGUACGUCAUCGGAGGCGUGGAGUUGAAGUUCUCGAGCAAGUCUGUGUAG